UUUGAUAAACGAUCAACAGUGAUACAUUAUAGUUGUUAUUUGUUAUUGUGCUAUUUUUAACUUGUAACUUUACUAAAUAUAAAACUUUGAAUAGAAAGGUCGGAUUAAAGUGAGUCAACAUUACUUGGAACAUGAUGAACAUAACCUUACCGUCAGGAUCCUUUUAUUCGACAGUCUUUUUUGGAAUAAGUGUGUACAUUUUCUUUGUUGUAAUUCGCUUUUUAAUAAAAUAUCAACGAAUGCGAUAUUUUUUCGAUGCUUUGCCGGGAUACAGCAUCGAACAAAAGCAUUGGAUCCGUGGUAAUCUUCAUCUGUAUGUCAAAAAUGAUAGUGUAGACAUAAAUCAGAUUAAUACACUGAUGCGAAGAUGUCCUAAGUUCUACCGUGUAUGGUUUGGACCUUUUACACCAAUUGUAUCAUUGGUACAUCCGGAUUCUGUAAAGGUAUUGCUUAAGACUGCAGAGCCGAAACCUGUUGGUCACGGACCAACAUACAGAACUCUGAUUCCAUGGCUUGGUGAAGGAUUGCUGAUAGCAGGAGGUCCUAAAUGGGCAAGAUCACGUCGACUUCUUACACCGGCUUUCCAUUUUGAAAUUUUGAAAGGAUACCAAACAAUCAGUAACCAGUGCGUUGACAUACUAAUAGAUAUACUAGAGAAGUAUGCAGAAACUGGAGAAAGUUUUGAUUUAUUCCAACUCGUUAGUAACUGUGCCUUAGAUAUUAUUCUACAGUCAGCGUUUUCAUAUAAAACAAAUUGCCAGCUUGAUAGACUACAACAUCCAUAUUGUAAGGCAAUCACAGAGGUAACAAAAUGUGUGGCUCGACGAAAUAACAAUCCAUUGAUGAUCUUUGAUUUCAUCUAUAAUAUGAGUUCAGACGGGAGAUCAUUCAGAAAAUAUUGUGACUAUAUCCAUAGUGUGGCAGACAACGUGAUUGAUAAUAGAAAGAAAAUACUUAAAAGUGGACAAAGGGAUGUAAAGAAACAUUUAGACUUUUUAGAUAUUCUCCUUUCUGCUAAAGAUGAAAAUGGGAUCGGAAUGAGCAACACUGACAUAAGAGCCGAAGUUGACACGUUCAUGUUUGAAGGACAUGACACCACAACCAGUGCCAUAUCUUGGAUCCUGUAUGAUUUAGCAAAACAUCCAGAAUACCAGAAAAUGUGUCAGGAUGAGGUCGACAAAGCGCUUGAAAAUAAUCCUGGUUUUGUAAAAUGGGACGAUUUAGGAAAAUUUGAAUUUCUAACACAGUGCAUAAAAGAAGGAAUGAGGCUUCAUUCACCAGUCCCCUUAAUUCUAAGACAAUCCACAAAGGAGUUCACUGUCGACGAAACUACUUUUCCUCCAGAUACUGUUUUCCGUAUCAACAUAUACGGUCUCCAUCACAACCCUGCUGUCUGGACAGAUCCGAUGAAAUUUGACCCAAGUCGCUUUACAAAGGAUAAUGCUACAAAGAUUGACUCUUUUGCAUUUACUCCAUUUUCUGCUGGACCAAGGAAUUGUAUUGGACAACAUUUUGCAAUGAACGAAGAAAAGACUCUUAUUACCAGAAUACUUGAAAGAUUUACAUUAGAACUUGAUCCUAACCAUGAAGUGUCUCCACAGAUGGCAGCUGUUAUGCGAUCCAGAAAUGGAAUCAAAUGCAUUGCAAAGCCCCGAAAGGGACUAUAAUAAGACGAUUUCACUACUAAUUUAACGAAUAUUGUCAAACUAUCAUAAAACUUAUCAUUUAGUGAAAAUGUAAGAGAAUCUCAAACUGAGCCCAUUCAUAAGAUGUGCUGUUGAAACAUUUUUGAGUUGAUGUCGCAAAAACUGAAAUUAAAAGUUGAGUGGUCGACUCUACUUGAAAAUAGUUUCAAUGGAAAACAUAUUUUGAUCUGAAAUUAUCCUUUAAGGGUGGUCUACAUAUUUAGCAUUCACUGCUAUCAUAGUCAGUAUUUCGGUUGUUUUUUUUUUUUUACAUUUCGACGUUGUUCUAUUUAGUACUGUCCACAAACUUUGCAUUCAAUCUGUUCAAAUCUCUUCAUCUUGCAGGGUCUUUUAUUUACCUGUGCUGACACUAAAUUAUAUCAAUUAAAAUACGUUUAUUAAUUAUUGCACGUUAAUGAUUUAGUUUUGAAAAAAUCCUUACCUUGUGUCUCCGAAAGUUUAUCUCAAUUCACCAAGGGAGAAGAGAACGGAAGUGGAUCGCAUCCAUUGGCUAGCGAAGAUGCAGGUAAAUUAACGUGUUUAACUUUCACGUUCAAAAGAAUAAUGAUGAUAACUCACGCAAUAGCUCAUAUUUUAAACAGGUCGUGAAUCUACUAUGCCUCAGUAAUUAUGAAAUUAAGGAAACGACUGAAACUAGAUAGACCUAUUUGGAAUUUUCUUAUACUCACAACGAAUUAAGUUUAACAUUUGUCAACCUCCCAUUCACUAGUGGUAACAUAUCCCCUGUUUCACCGCAUGAUGUUUUUCCAUCUACAAUGCUACUUAACAUGCGUGGUUGUUCAAAUCCUACUGACUGUAUUUACAUGGACGUGAUCCGAGCUCAAAUUAUAUUAACUACGUUGAAAAAAAGCAAAAUAUGGCUUCUCCUCGAACCUGUUUUAAGCUUUUAUAUCUCUAUUCACUUAUACAGUACAAUGACAUAGAAUGUAUAUAGUUCCUUAUAUCAAUGAAAUCUUACAAAUGAACUUAACUCAGUUCAAUAAUGUUUAAUUGCUAGAUUCUCAUACAUAUAUGUAUAGUACACAUGCUUGGCAUUUUUUCUUUAGGUAAACCUGCAAACUAUAUAAUAUACAAAUCAUGCAUUAGUAAAUAUCGCAUAUCAUCUCAUAUUUUAAACAAAGAAACAGGCAGAUAUUAUAAUGUGGAUAACAAUAUUAGAAUAUGUAAAAAUUGUAAAUGAAAGUUGUGAAUGGAAACUGAAAAUGGAAACCCUUUGUUUUAAUAUAAAAAAUAGUCAAACAAAUGCGUACAAACUUAUCCUGCUGUUAUUUGUCAGAAAUAUUAAGAAUUAAAUAAAUUAUGUA